UAAUGAUCGUUAAAUGAGCGGUGGAUGUAAUUUUCUUCAGUGUUACGUCUGUUUUUCUGUGGAUCACAGUUUAAUUGCCAAAACACUACUGCAACACCAUUUCGCUAUUCAAUUGCCACCGAAAUUACCGUUCGGUACCAUAUCUUUGUACGAACAGCACUAAUUAAUGUGCUUACGAAGUGGAAACAAAUGACUAUCACCAACUGUGACCGACGAGCCGGCGACUGAUGGCAAAAAGCAGAAGCGGAACAAUAUUCCGGAUUAUGACACUACUAGUAACCAGUGUUCUUCGUCUAUCGAGUUGCGUUCUCGUGAUUCCGACUGUGUCCCCCGACCAAAUUGCAGUUGGCCCAUUAUACAGUGGCUAAUUUCGAGCCACUCCGGUUUCCGGUGUCCGUAACGCAACGACCACACUCAGAAAUUGUAUUCCCGAAAGCCGAAAGUAUAUCGCAGUGGGGAACCAACACCGAAGAACCAUCAUCAGGACGACGUUGGACAUUUGGAAAUUUACAAUCCAUGUGCGAUGAAAGUUAUUCUGCAAUUAGUUUUAAUUGUAAUGCCCAGCUUUAUCCGGAGCGAAGCCAUCGACGUCACUGCAGGACGGAGUGGAACUGGAACUGGCAAAGUCAUUGUCAGCAAUAGGAAGAGCUCAAAUGGUCUAUCGAUGGGGAUCAAGAACUUUGAACGUGAUGCUGGCCGGCAACGCUUCGCCAGCUAUGAACGGGAUUUAGUGAUAGAUACAAUAGAGGCAGCAGAUUACCCGGCGGAGAUUCACGUGGUCACUACCAAAGAUGGCUACAUUCUGAAGCUGCACCGUAUUCCGGAUCCGGCUCUUCUGAAGGACACUGAUUAUUCGGAAGAGCAGCCUCUAAACGAGCCCGGUGGCUGUCAAGGUGUCGUUCUACUUAUGCAUGGAUUGUUUUCCACGGCGGCUGAUUUCGUGGUAACAGGACCGGAAAGUGGUUUGGCUUUUGUGCUGGCGGAUGCUGGGUUUGAUGUUUGGAUGGGCAACGCACGUGGGACGCGUUUUUCCAGGAAGAAUCUGAACCACACUCCAAAAGAAGCUGCAUUCUGGGAUUUCAGUUGGCACGAAAUCGGCAUCGGAGACUUGUCCGCCAUAAUAGACUACAUGCUGCGACAAACUAACCAGCAAAGUCUGUUCUACGUGGGCCAUAACCAAGGAAUAACGGCUCUGUUGGUGCUUCUUUCGGAGAAACCUCGAUACAAUCGGAAAAUUUCCAUCGCUGCUGGCAUGGCCCCCGUUGCAUAUCUGGGAAGUGGAAACAACGAAAUCGUGAAAAAUCUCGCCAAAUUCAAUGAUCAACUUUGGAAAACGUUGAAUACUCUGAACAUAUUCGAGCUCACACCGACGGAAAAUGUGCUCCAAUUUCUGGGAAACAUCAUUUGUUCCGGUGAAGCCCCAACGCAAACCGUUUGCUCCGAUUUGUUGGCGGAAAUGUUUGGAUACUCCUCCGAUCAGGCUAAGCUGUUGCUUCCCGGGAUGCUGGACAAUGCACUGUCCGGGAUUUCCACGAAGCAGCUCGUCCAUUAUGGACAAUUGAUUCAAUCCAGGAAACUUCAACAGUUUGACUACAAGAACUUCUUGACCAACAUGCAACGCUACAAACAGGUCAAAGCUCCAGAAUACAACUUAUCGAAGGUGACCGUUCCGUUUCUACUGUUUUCCGGUAGCAGGGAGUUCUUCACUUCGUCGGCGGACUUUCAGAAGCUGGUAAAAAACCUACCGAAUGUUGAAUCGCAAUCGGAGCUUCCAGGAUGGGGUCACAUGGAUUUUAUAUACAAUGCACAGGUUUAUCUGAAAGUUUACAGCAGAAUUAUUGAAGUUAUGCAAAACUUCACCACAUAAGACAUUGGUAAUAAUCCCUUUCAAACGGCAUUAAUAAAAAAUAUACACACACUUAUAGAUGCCUUAUUAAAACAAUCUUUAAUGAGCACAAGCCCGAUUAAGGUAAAACGGUUGAGGAACUACUUGUAGAAUUUCUGGUUAAAAAUCGGGCUUCCGCAGAAAAUCUCAGAACCUAGGUGUCUGUUCAAGGAUGUAAUUUAUUGUAAGUCAGUUUCCAGAAAGUU